AUGACCUCGCAAACUCCAGAGCAUUCGAAGCCUGUAAGGCGAGUAGAUUCUUUCCUAGGCAGCCUUCAUCCCAUCGCAUGCAACGACGUCGAGCUGGGGCUUAUUUGCUGUUUGUUUAGAUGCGCGUUUGUCGGCAGCGAUGGAGUCGGCAAGACAUCCAUAUUGUACAGGCUGUUUCGAUCAAAAGCCCCGCCUAUAGAGGAUUUCCUCAACGUUUCUGAUGACCAAGCUCCAGGAGGCCGAUAUGGCAUGCCGAGUCUUUGUGAUAUUUGCGACCACCAGACUUUGAAUAUGGAACUCGACGGAAAAAAGUACGCCUUGUAUUUAAGAGACACCAGCGACGAAGCAUCACGGCUACGGCCCCUCGCGUACUCUAAUGUGAGCAUAGUCGUCAUCUGCUUUUCCGUAGCCGAUGUCAAUUCCUUCCACGCCAUCGAGUCUUACUGGCUCGAGGAGAUAAACCAUUUCCAUCCCAGAGGCAUCCCCAAAAUCAUCAUCGGCAACAAAAUUGACCGGAGAACACAGCAUCGCGCUAGCGAAGAAGAAGAGACGGAAAAAAAGAGCAAGAAGCAGCAGCAGCAGCAGCAGAAGAAGAAUAAGACUAAAAAUAAGAAACAGCUCCCUCAGCUCUCAUUCCGGAGAAGCGAUCCCCCCCUGCCCGCGCACGAGAGCCAAUCGGUGUCUCGCGAGGAGGGCAUGAGGCUCGCGGAAACCAUCAAUGCUGUGGCCUAUGUUGAGUGCUCAGCGGUGACAGAGGAGGGCAUGUCUGAUGUGUUCCGCGCGAUACAAAAUGCGUUGGGAAAGGCGCAGGCAUACUCCAGCGCGCCUAUUUAUUGCGGACGACCCGGAUGUACCAUAUUGUAG